AUGAAGGAUCUUGGUGAAUUACAUCACUUCCUCGGUAUGCAAGUUCAGCGCUGUGGCAAUGGUAUGCUUCUCUCGCAGCGGCAAUAUAUGAUGGAUAUUCUGGAUCGUGCUGGGAUGACAGAUUGCAAGCCGUGCUCUACUCCGGUUGACACCAACCCCAAGGUCGCCGAUGCUGAUGGUGCGCCCGUAGCAGAUGCUACUGAUUUCCGCAGUCUUGCCGGCGCCUUACAGUACCUGACGUUCACUCGACCAGAUAUUGCAUACGCUGUCCAGCAGAUUUGCUUGCACAUGCAUGAUCCUCAUGCACCUCAUCUGGCGGCUCUGAAGCGCAUCCUGCGCUAUGUUCGGGGCACUCUACACCUUGGUCUUCUACUGCGACCUUCCACAUCUGCUGAUCUUGUGGUCUACACUGAUGCUGAUUGGACGGGUUGUUCGGAUACGCGCAAGUCCACCUCGGGCUAUGCUGUGUUCCUCGGGGACAAUCUCAUCUCCUGGUCCUUCAAGCGUCAGAACACCGUUUCAAGAUCCAAUGCUGAAGCUGAGUAUCGCGUUGUGGCUAAUGGUGUUGCCGAGGCCUCAUGGCUGCGCCAACUUCUGCAGGAGCUCCACGCUCCUCUUCGCCGCUCCACGCUGGUGUAUUGUGAUAACAUCAGCGUCAUCUACAUGUCCUCCAACCCCAUCCAACAUCAGCGUACCAAGCACAUUGAGAUCGAUCUACACUUCGUCCGGGAGCGGGUUGCCAUUGGUGAUCUUCGUGUUCUUCACGUGCCGACUUCGUCGCAGUAUGCAGAUAUCUUCACCAAAGGCCUUACUUCAGUCUUCACGGAGUUCAGGUCCAAUCUGAAUGUGCAGAGUGGCUGA